AUGACGACUACAUCAAAAGUUAAAUGUCCCAAAUGUGUAAAAAAUGCUGCUGCAAUCACGUGUGAAGGCUGUUCAUCAAAACUGUGUAGAGGGUGUUACAAUGAUCACCGCCAACAAUUGUCAAAAGAACUCGAUCAGUUUGUUUACGAGCACGAUAUGCUCAAACAACAGUUGGAAACUCCAAAUGAAAAUGGACCUCACCAUUUGUUGAAACAGAUUGAUGAAUGGAAAAAAGACUCGAUCAAUAAAAUUAAUCAACUUGCUGAUCAGUGCCGGACUGACGUUAACCAACUGCUGGAUAAAAAUAAGGAUCAACUGAUUAACAGGUUUCGCAAAAUAACGAAUGAGGCUCGUAAAGGUCAAAAAGAUGACGAUUACGACGAAAGAGAUCUCAACAUGUGGAUGACUCAGCUAAAAGAACUAAAAGAUGAACUAACCAAACAAUCGAACAUCUGUAUCGCAGUGGAUAAACAACAAUCUGAAUGGAUUAAAAAGAUCAAAGUACAAGAAGCUUCUCUCCAGGAAGCAAAUGUGGAAGAUAAACCACCAUUCGACAGAGCUGGUAUUCAACAACAGAACCCUACCAUUGCUGCAUCGGCAGCAUCGAAAAUUCCUUUUCAAAAGGAAACACUAGCAAUUGUUAAAACCGAAAAAGAAGUUAAUACUCUAUCAAAUGAUAUAUGGCACGAGAAAAGUGGUUAA